AUGGCGACUCAACCCAGUUUGUCGGGCGACGACAACUCUCGCAGAUUCCGCAGUCCAGGAAUAUUUGACCCGGCCAAGGAAGAUUGGAACAUGUAUCAAGUAAGGUUUGAGGCUGCACUUCGGGUGGCUAGAGUCACCGAAGAGGAAGACAAAACCAAUUUGCUCAUAACGUCGCUCACCCCUGAAGUAUUCAAACAUUUAUACAACCUUGUUCAGCCACGGGACAUUCUGUCCGUUGCAUAUUCUGAACUCACAAGGAAGCUUGCCGAGCAUUACACCCCAAAGAAGUUUAAAGAAUUUGAGAGGUGGAAACUUUUUUCAACCCGUCAAAACGAGUCGGAGUCGGUCAAAGACUUUUUGGAACGCCUUUCCGCCAUCAUCCCUCAUUGUGAAUAUGAAGCAGAAACCGAUGUGAGAGCAUGUUCUUUAUUAACUGCCUUCAUUGUGGGACUUCAUGAUCCACGAAUUCGCGCCCGUUUAGUCCUAGAGAAGGCUCUCACGCUUGAAGCUGCUACCAACUUGGCUGACAAAACGUUGACCGCAGAAGCCGAGUCUCGCCAACUUCAUGCCGAGCAGACCGUGCAUAAGUUAGAAAAAAGAAGCGAUCAUGCAAGAUGUUUUCGCUGCGGCAAUAGUAAUCAUGACUCGGACACAUGUCGAUUCAAAGAUGAAGACUGCCAUAACUGCGGCAAAACUGGCCAUAUCGCUAAGAUGUGCCGUACCAAUCGUCCUUCGAAAGGGAAGAAGAGCUAUCGGAACGUGGAGUAUGUUUCGGAUGUUUUCUUCGCGGGUACCGGUGAAGACAAGUUUGUGACUUGCCAGAUAGGGUCGCACGAUGUGCUGCUACAAGUGGACACCGGAUCGCAGGCCACUCUUCUCAAUACUUCUACCUAUGUUAGGUUAGGUAAACCCAAGCUGAAACAACCACGGUUCCGUCUUCGGUCUUUCAGCAAAGACGAUAUACCCCUUCGUGGCCAGACGGAAGUGGAAGUAUCUUAUGGUGGACGGAAGAGGAAGUUAGAAGUGUUCUUUACUAACAUGGAGCACACUAACCUACUGGGUAGAGAUUGGAUUCGUCACCUGGGACUGGAUCUUAAUGAGUUGUUCGUCGGAAGUGUUGUCAGGCCUGGAAGUUCACUCGAAAAGGUCUUGUCCAAGUUUCCCGACCUGUUCCAAUCCCGUCUGGGGAGGUGCACAAAGGCGAAGGUGCAUCUACAUUUCAAGGAGGCUGCUCAACCAAAGUUUUUUAAACCGCGUCCGAUUCCAUUUGCUACGAGGCAAGCAGUCGAAGCAGACAUCGAGAGACAAGUUAAGAACGGAGUGCUAACGCCGGUCGACGUUUCGGAGUGGGCUACCCCCAUCGUCGUCGUUCCUAAGCCGAAUGGGGCUGUUCGGGUUUGCGGGGAUUUCAGUGUGACGGUGAACCCGCAGUUGGCUGUAUCGCAGUACCCACUCCCUAGGCCUGAAGAGCUGUUAGCCGUACUCAAUGGCGGACAGCGGUUUUCCAAGUUAGACUUGUCGGAGGCUUAUCUCCAGAUGGAGCUCGACGACGAAGCACAGAAGGUUCUUGUCAUCAAUACGCACAAAGGACUCUUCCGAUUUACGCGAAUGCCCUUUGGAAUCGCCUCAGCACCGGCAGUUUUUCAACGAAUCAUGGAGCAGGUCAUCGCAGGCAUACCGUCGGUUGCCUGCUACUUAGAUGACAUCAUCGUCACAGGCAAAUCCGAUGAUGAGCAUUUGGACAAUCUCCAGCAGGUCUUUAGCCGACUACGCGAGUUUGGGUUUACACUGAAGCGCGAGAAAUGUGCUUUUUUUCGGGCCGAAGUGGAGUACUUGGGGCAUGUAGUCAACGCACAGGGUUUCCGGCCAUCGCCCAAGAAGGUGUCCGCAGUGCUCAAUAUGCCAGCACCCACGAACGUCUCCGAGCUGCGGUCAUUCCUUGGUAUGGUACAACAUUACGGAAAAUACCUAAAAUCGCUUGCUGAUGUCGUUGCGCCCCUCAAUGACCUCCUGAAGAAAGCCGUACCGUGGGAAUGGUCUUCGGGUUGUGUGGAGGCUUUUGAAAAGGUCAAGAUGAUGCUGGUAUCUGUGGACGCGCUUACGCAUUUCGAUCCUGCAAAACCCAUUUUCUUGGCCGCAGAUGCUUCUUCUAGAGGUCUUGGAGCUGUUAUCUAUCACAAGGUCGAUGGCAAAGACAUGGCAAUAGCACACGCUUCGAAGACAUUGACUGCCCCGGAGAAGAACUACUCACAGAUAGAGAGGGAGGCCUUAGCCAUCAUUUUUGGCGUCAGGAAGUUUCAUCAGUAUCUCUGGGGCCGGAGGUUUGUUCUGUACACGGACCAUAAGCCCCUGACCACGAUCUUUGGUCCCAAGAAAGGAAUUCCUGCGACAACCGCCAGUCGCUUGCAACGAUGGGCUUUGAUCUUAAUGAACUACAUCUUUGACAUUCAAUAUACGCCAACUGCGAAAUUUGGAAACGCCGACGGCCUCUCUCGUCUGCCUGAGGGUCCAGAUGGAGACUUUGACCGAGAGAUGGAACGGGGCAUCUUCGACGUCUUCCUGACAGAGGUAAACGUAGUGUUGGACCAUCAGGUCUCUACCUUACCCAUUUCCGUCGAGGAUAUUGCUGUGGCCACGUCACAGGACCCGGACCUGGCCAGGGUGGCUGCAUUCGUUUCCGGUGGUUGGCCGACGCACGUCGAUCCCGGUUUGGAAGCGUUCUUUCAACGCCGCACGGAGCUAACGAUCUACAAAGGAUGUCUGCUCUGGGGGAUACGAACGGUGAUACCACCCAAAUUCCGAAGUCCUCUGCUAAGUCUCCUUCAUGAGGGCCAUAUUGGACAAACAAAGAUGAAGAUGUUAGCUCGGUCCUAUUUGUGGUGGCCGGGCCUCGACAGAGAUAUCGAAAGGGAAGUGAGAAGUUGUGAGCCAUGCGCCUCUGUUGCUGCCCACGAGGUACCGGUGCCACUUCACCAAUGGGAACCCGCAGAUAAGCCUUGGGUACGUCUGCAUGCCGAUUUCGCUGAGCUAAAUGGGAAGCACUACAUCCGUAAGAGAUCAUUUUUAGCGGCUACCUAUAAUUUUGUAGCAUAG